CGAACGAUGAACCAUUUUGUCUUCUGCAAUAUGACGUCACGCACCCAAUUGACCAAUGCAGUUUCAGUUUAGCGGUUCACCAUCUUGCCGGUUGGCAUAGACGUUUAGCAUUUAAAGGUUGAUAUUUGAUGAUCCAGAAUUGAGAUUUAAAGAUGGAUGUUCAAGUUAGAGAAAUCAAAGUUCUUGACUCUGUUGAAGACAUUCAAGAUAGAAGAGAAGCUGUUCUCGACCGAUACUCACAGUUUAAAGCUGCGGCACGUUCAAAGAGAGACAAGCUCGAAGAUUCUCGUCGCUUUCAGUACUUUAAAAGAGAUGCAGAUGAAUUAGAAUCGUGGAUAUAUGAAAAACUUCAGGCGGCUUCGGACGAGAGUUACAAAGAUCCUACAAACCUUCAGGCCAAAAUCCAGAAACAUCAAGCUUUUGAAGCUGAAGUUGCCGCUCAUAGCAAUGCUAUAGUGGUUCUGGAUAAUACUGGUUUAGAGAUGAUUAAUCAAGGACAUUUUGCUUCCGAAACUAUCAAACAUCGUCUCGACGAAUUACAUCGUCUGUGGAAAUUAUUAUUAACUCGCCUGGCCGACAAAGGUUUGAAAUUACAACAGGCUCUCGUGCUCGUUCAGUUUUUGCGACAAUGCGACGAAGUAAUGUUUUGGAUUAACGAUAAGGAAGCUUUUGUUGUUACGGAUGAAUUUGGAUUGGAUUUAGAACAUGUUGAAGUAUUGCAACGUAAAUUUGAUGAAUUUCAAAAGGAUAUGGCUAGCCAGGAAUUCAGAGUUACUGAAGUUAAUGAACAAGCAGAUAAAUUGAUAAAUGAGGAUCAUCCUGAAAAAGAAACUAUUCUAAAACGAAAAGAGGAAUUAAAUGAUGCAUGGCAAAGACUUAAAGCCUUAACACUAUUAAGACAAGAAAAAUUAUUUGGUGCACAUGAAAUCCAGAGAUUUAAUAGUUUAAAGUAA